UAAUUUAUAUCCCAAUUUCCUCAAAAAAACAAUUUUUUGUAAGCAACAGGGCUGAGUACACGUUAACAGGUACAGGGCUGCCAGCUGACCAUUCGAUUACUAUCGUAUCACGAGUAAUCGCUCACAGGCAAAAAAGAGUUUGCGAAAAAAACGGAAUAAAAAUAUAAAUUAAUUGCAACCCGUGGAGUUAGCGGAAGCUGGUGUGCUCCAUAGACCACUUCAACAGCUAAAAACCGUGGCCGCGCCCCAACUGCCUGUGAAGCAAGUGAAACUAGCUGAAAAGCAAAGCAUAGGAGAUUUUCUCGCCCUCAUUGUACCAGGAAUCAGCAUUAUUUUUGAAAGGGGGAAGCGGGGGGGCUGGUUUUGAUAGGCGUGGAAAUAAACAAACGAAACUUAUAGGAUCGGACUGAAAAGGAGAAAUUGAUUGGAUUAUAUCGCAUCUAGAGAAACGGAGGAGAGGGGCGUGGCUAGCUCACGCUCGAAUCCCACUGAAUUGUCAACAAGUAGGCGGCUGUAAUGGACGUGUCGCUUACUGAGCCGGAGUCGCGCUUCUACAGCGAACUCUUUCAAUGCUGCGACGUGGAGAACACUGGCAAGGUGCCCAUUCUGAAAGCCACGGAACUGUUUCGCUCGGCGGACAUUUCCAAUGAUGCGGUUAUUGAGAUUACUGGCCUGGCUGGAAUUCCGUCCGCGGCGCUGCACAUCUCGCGGUGCCAGUUCUACUCGUGCCUCAAGCUCAUCGCCGCCCACCAGGCGGCAAUGCCACUGCGCCAGGAACUAAUAUCCGCCUCAGUGCCGCUGCCAUUGCCCCACUUCAGUUGGAAGGAGGCGGUCACGGCACCGGUUUCUCUGGUUGAGAACGGAUUAAGUGCAUCGGGAGAGGGCAGUAACUCGUUGCGUCGUAACUCGCAGCAGGAACAGUUUCAGGAUGUCUCCGAUCUCCCCAGUACCGACUCCGAGAUCGAGCAAAACGAAUCGGUGGAUGAGGCUAGUGGUCAUGGACGCGGUGCAGAUGGUAGCGGUGUCGUGAGCAGCAGCAGUCGGGAGAAUGUCAGGCGGCGACGCGGUGGUGGUGGAUCCCCAGAGGCCUGGAGCACCAAUAGCGACAGCCCCACGCCCACCAACAGCGUGGCCGAGCGGCCUUGGGCCCAGGACACUCUGUGGCACGGCUUGCUGGGCGACGAGCACCGCCAACUGCUGGGCACCGAAGAGGAGUCUUCGGACCGUCACAGCAGCGACGACGAAGAAAACGAAAACGAACUGGUCACGCUUUAUCAAAUUACACCAGAGCAGCGCGAGUACUACAAUAAGCAGUUUAAGGCGGUGCAAAGGGAUCCACAUGGACUUCUUUCGGGUCAGGCAGCGAGAGUAUUCUUUGAGAAAAGCCGCAUUCCUGUGGAGGAGCUACGGCAUAUUUGGCAACUAUGCGAUGUAACACGUGACGGUGCAUUAAGCUUGUCGGAAUUCACUGCCGCAAUGCAUUUGGUAGUGCUGCGGCGUAAUAACAUUCCUCUCCCCACGAGUCUACCUCACUGCUUGCAUCCCAAUGUGCUGCAGGUGGGAGUUUCUGGGGGAAGUGGAGUGGGCUCUUCGUCGGCGACGUCGCAGCCCCAGGAGCCGCCGGAAGCCGAUCUCCUGCACCUAAACGAUGACGAGGAGGACGAUCACACUGACAACACGAUUAUUGCCGGCAAUCUUAGUGGAGGCAGUUCCUCCGGCAAACCGCGUCAAAAUGCGCCCGGCGACAAGAAUAUCAUGAAUCUGAGCAACAUCUCCACGUCCUCGCAGGCCAGCAAUAGCUCCAGGCGCGAGGCUACACCACCCAUCAACCGCAGCGUUUCUAAUUCUCCCAACGUUGAGAAGAUAGCAACUGGAACGGUUUCCACCAACGCUGUAGAACCCGCCAGUCAAUGGACAAAAUUCAGUGAAUCUCCCACAUCGAGUGUGGCUCCAGUGCAGCCAUCUGUUGGUGAGCCCCCGGCUGCAGCCGCUGCCCCAGUCGUUACUAGUCCCGGCCUCAAGCCAGCACUGUUUGAUAUGAAGCGCUCCGCACAAGAUGUAGUAUCCAAUCCUCAGAUCCUUCACCCAGUGCCGCUAAGAGUGACGCCCAUUGGCACAGCCAUGGCUGCCUCGACAGAGCCAUCGAACGACAACGAAAGCGUUGUGAUUCUACGCGAGGAGAGCCCCAAGGCUAUCACAUCUACCGUGGUGACCAGUCAGACAUCAGGCGGUAAUGCUCCCAGUUCCCAUCGUGAUAGCAAUGAUUUGCGUGCCAUCCAGAGGCCCCAGGCCAAGAAGCUGCCGGCUAAGAACAGCGCACUGCCUCCGCCGCCGCAACGGGAGGCGAGCAUCGGUUCUAGCGGACCGAGCGAGCCGCCGGAGCAACAGACUGUCUACGGAGCGCCCAAAAAGGAGCCACCGCCCCUGCCACCACCAAGGCCCCAUCGCCAUGCCCGAAGCAGUAGUCUGGACCUGAACAAGUUUAAAGUGGUGCCUGCAGGCGGUGCUCAGCAAGAGAUCACUGCCCAGGCCAGCUUCGAUAUGCAAACCUCAACAGGUUUUGCCGAUUUCACGCACUUUGCCGACGAAGGCAGCGCCGCGAGCAUCGCGGACGAACAGCAGUUGCAUUCGUUACCUCCGGUAGCUCCGCCCCCACAGGCUGCACCACCUACGCGGAUUACGUUGCAGCAGACGCGUGUUUCGGCAUUCGAGGUGUAUCGAAAGCCACAAUCACCGCCCCAGCAGCCACCACCGCGGGCUCCCACUACCGCAGGAGCAACCUUACCCAGUGCCGAGAGCUUCGAGAAGCGGGUGACUGCCAUCAGUGACUCUCUGCGCCAUGUGACAUUUACGAAAGGACAGGCCAGCACAACGGAACUGCUGCAGAAGCUGCGCGAGCAGAACAACUCACUGCUGCAUCUCUGCAACGAUCUAAGUGACGAACUGUUGAGUGUCCAGACGCGCAAGGAGGAGAUGCGUCUCAAGCUGGAAGGCUUGACAGCAUCGGAGACUCCUGUCCGAACCGGCUCCACGAACUCGGGCCCAGUGACGGCCAACGUGACAGGUGGAUCGUCCGGGUCGACAGGAGGCGUCUUCACCAAUGUGUGAAGAUGAACGUGAACCUUGGAAACGUAUUGAGGUUUUUGAGUGAAUCGAUUUGUUUAGGAAGCUUUCUAAGUCCUAGAAAGAUAUCUGUAACUUGAAAUCUUUGACUAAAAGUUGUUUAAUUUAAUGAAUAAGUUCAAAAUAUUCAUAUCUUUCUUUCUUUGUAAUAUUUUUUUAUUCCUAAAGUAACUUCUUAAUAAUCUUAAUAUU